UGUAAAAUCAUGAAAAUGGUCAAGACGCUCUCAUUCUUGGUUGUCAAAAUCCUCAAGAACCUUGUGAGUUGUUAUAAGCUCCGCUCCGGUAAAAAAGAGCCGGGAUGUCUUUCCUUUUCCGGAAGAACGGGAGUAGUUCACGGCGGCGAAUCAAAGACAAACUUCGAGGUCGGAACUCAGAUCGCGGGAAGAGAGGAGAAGAAGAAGAGAGAGACAGAUACGAUUCGUUACCUGCACCGCCUUCUCCUUGGGGGUUUCUCUUCCCGGAGGAUUUCGAGCGAAUAGAUGGUAAUCUAAAGGCAGUUAUUGAAGAUGAAGAAGGAUUAGAUGUGAUUUACUGGAAGAAGCUUCUCGAGCUUGAAAAUAGCGGGAAAACUCCUAAACCUAGGAGAGGAGGUAAAUCCGAUGGUGAUGGUGAAGGUGAAGAAGAAGAAGGAUUCUACAGAGGAUCGGGCACUAAUCCCAAGGGAGAUGCGUUUUCGUUUCAUGUGAAGAAGUCUCAGUCUCCUUUAUCUUCAGGUGGAGAAGUUGGAGAUCAGAGUAAUAACACUAGUGUUGAUGGAGGGAGAUACUCCUACACUUCUUCUUCUACAGGCGGAUUUAGUGAUUAUGGAAAGCAAUCUCAAUCCAAAUUUCAAGCUCCUGGCGGCCGUCGUUAUCCGUCACUUCCGCUUCCUCCGGGUCAAUUAGGGGUGGCAACUGCUUCGUCUUCGACUAUGCCACCGCCCCUUACAGUCAAUCACGGCUCAUUUUCCUCUUCUCCGUCUAUUCAAACUGGUGGUGGUGGUGGUAGCGGUCUUUCGCCUGCAAUUCCCCUUCCUCCGGGUCAAUUCCCGCCAGCAAUUGGGUCUUCCUCUAUAUCGCCGCUGCCUCUUACAGUCAACCAAACCGUACCACCUCCUCCUCCGGGUAAGAAGGCACCUGGGCCGCCGCCACCACCUCCAGUGUCCAAAACCGGGCCACCUAAACCACCAUGUAAUGGGAAACGACCGACCAAGGCAGCUGAGGGUUCUUCUGCCAUAAGCAAAGAUGAUCCAGCGCAGCCAAAGCUCAAGCCUUUACAUUGGGAUAAGGUUAAUCCUGAUGCAAGUCACUCAAUGGUUUGGCAUAGGAUCGAUGGUGGCUCUUUCAACUUUGAUGGUGACCUCAUGGAGGCUCUGUUUGGAUACGUUGGCGCUCGAAAACCAAGUGAAGCUAACAGUGUACCACAGAAACCGACUGUGUCAACCACGCAGACUUACAUUCUUGAUCCUAGGAAAUCUCAGAACAAAGCAAUUGUACUUAAAUCUUUGGGAAUGACCAAGGAAGAGAUCAUUGACUUGUUAACACAAGGCCAUGAUGCUGAUACUGAUACCCUUGAGAAGCUUUCCGGAAUAGCUCCAACGCCAGAAGAACAGACAGAGAUCAUAGAGUUCAGUGGCGACCCCACGAAACUUGCUGAUGCAGAAUCUCUACUCUUUCACAUCUUACGAGCAGUUCCUUCAGCGUUUAACAGGUUCAACGUCAUGCUCUUCAAGAUCAACUACGGCUCAGAGGUUUCUCAACAAAAGGGAUCUUUACAAACACUUGAAUCUGCAUGCAACGAGUUACGUGCUCGUGGGUUGUUCAUGAAACUUCUAGAGGCGAUCUUGAAAGCAGGUAACAGAAUGAACGCUGGAACAGCUCGAGGAAAUGCUCAGGCUUUCAAUUUGACAGCUCUAAGAAAACUGUCAGAUGUGAAGAGUGUUGAUGGGAAAACUAGUUUGCUUCACUUCGUUGUUGAAGAAGUUGUAAGAUCCGAGGGAAAACGAGCUGCGAUGAGUAAGAUCUCCGGUUGUGAUAUUGCAGAUGCAUCUAGAGAAGAACAAGAGAUUGAAUUCAUAAAGCUAGGUUUGCCAAUUAUUGGUGGCCUUAGUUCAGAGUUCACCAAUGUGAAGAAAGCAGCAGGAAUCGACUAUGACUCUUUUCUAGCCACGACCUUGGCUUUAGGGACCCGGUUGAAAGAAACAAAAAGGCUACUAGACCAAAGCAAAGGGAAAGAAGAUGGGUGUUUGACAAAGCUAAGAUCUUUCUUUGAAUCUGCAGAGGAAGAACUGAGAGUUAUUACAGAGGAACAGCUCAGGAUCAUGGACUUGGUGAAAAAAACAACGAAUUAUUACCAAGCUGGUGGUGCAUUGAAAGAGAGGAACCUGUUUCAGCUGUUUGUUAUAAUCCGUGAUUUCUUAGGGAUGGUUGAUACCGCAUGUAGUGAGAUCGCAAGGAAUCAACGGAAGCAGAGACCAGCAGCAACGGUGGCAGGAGCAUCGCCUUCAACAGCAGCAACAACACCGAGCGCUGCUGCACCACAAAGAAACGCUGUUAGAUUUCCGAUUCUGCCUCCAAAUUUCAUGUCAGAGCAUUCAAGCAAAUAGCGAUGAUGACAUCCUCCAAGUGUGUUUGGAAAUGAAACAUCUGAUAGAACAAGGGACUCUAUUAAAACUUGUUUCAGAUUUUUCGUCUGUAUCGAGAACAAUCAGAAGCAAAUUUAAAUACACACACACAAAGGUUCACAAGAAUCACAUGAUGUAUGUAAGAGAUACUUGGAAAUUAAAACUCGCAAAGGGG